AUGGCACAGAGUCUACCGCACCUCCCGGACUGGGAGCAGCUCAGCACGAACGUCGUGCGCAUCUUGGGCGGGAAUCCUAGCAAGUUCACGCUUCAAGGCACCAAUACGUAUCUGCUCGGCACGGGCCCGCGGCGCAUUCUGAUCGACACGGGGGCGGGCGAGAAGAAAUGGAUCGACACGUUACGCACCGUGUUGACCGCCUCGUCGCCAGCAGGCGGCAAACCCCUCUCCGUGUCCACCUGCAUCCUGACGCACUGGCACCACGACCACCUCGGCGGGGUGCGGGACCUGGAAAAGCUCUGCGAGGGCGAGGUCACGGUGUACAAGAACCAGCCGACGUGGAACCCGGACGGCCUGAUCGACCCGGAGCGCGUGCACGACAUCGAGGACGGCCAGACCUUCUCGAUCCCCGUGUCAGGGGCGGAGGAGGGGGACGCCACUCCCUUUGAGAUCCAGGCCAUCCACACCCCCGGCCACGCCAAGGACCACAUGGUGUUCCAGAUCACGUCGUCGCCCGACCCGAGCGAGGUGGGCGCGCUUUUCACGGCCGACAACGUGCUGGGCCACGGCACGGCCGUGUUUGAGAACCUGCACCAGUACCUGCAGAGCCUGGACCUGAUGAAGCGGCGGGUGGUGGACGCGGUGGCCGCGCAACAGCAACAAGGACGCGGUGGCUCCAGCGGCAGCAAGAGAGCCUACCCGGGCCACGGGGCGGUGAUCGGCGACGCGGUGGCCAAGAUCGACGAGUACAUCGCGCACCGACGCAUGCGGGAGGAGGAGGCGCUGAACGUGCUGCGGUACGGCACGACGACGGCGCCGAACAGCGCGGAGCCCGUGGUGCACGACAGCAUCACGCGGGUGGGCGACAGUGGCGACGAAGGCGACGAGGAGGAGGACCACGUGGUCGGCGGCGGCGAGAAGGUCCCCGGCAAAGAAUGGGAGAGCCUCGAGAUGGUCAAGGUCAUCUACCGCCACUACCCGGAGAACCUGUGGCAGCCGGCCGAGAGCGGGCUGCUGAUGGUGCUGGACAAGCUGCGCCGCGACGGCAAGGUCGUCCGCACGCCGGCGGGCCGGUGGCGCGUCAGUGAGAAGGCGACUCUCUGA